UCCUCGGUUUCUCGGUGUCUCUUGCUUCUUCUGGCCGAUGGGACCGGCAGUGUUUUCAUCGAGCCGUACAUCUGCAGCUAUACUUCUCCUUGAAUGAUAUAGAUACCACCUUCCAUCGCUACACCACCGUAUACGGCUCAUAAUCCAUAAUAACCGACCAUCGAUCCAUCAUCUGUUGCCCAGGAUGUACUCUUCCCUCCUACUCGCCACCGCGACAUGCAUCUCCUUACGAUUGACGACUGCGCAAAACACUUCCAGCUAUUCCCCUUCGACCCUCGCCACCUCCUUAGAAUUCAGCCAACCUGCCUCUUCCCUCCCCUUUCCCGACACCUCCGCCGUCAGCACGUAUGCGAACACUUCGAACAACGCCACGGCAAAAUACAUAAGACGGGAGUGGGACUUGUAUAACGAGAGGAUUCAGUGGGGACAGCCGGACUUGCAGUUCGUGCAAGAUCCCGAUACAUCUGCUUCGGAUGAAGAUCUCGUCUUGAGGGUGGAUUAUCCCGAGGGGAGUUAUAGUCAUGCGACAGGAGGAACCCAGUUCUACUCCCAACCCCUCAACAGCUCUUCAACGCCCACCGCCCCCUCCGCCCUCCUAACCUACUCUCUUUACAUCCCCUCCGACUUCAACUUUGUCAAAGCCGGUAAACUCCCCGGCUUACGAGGAGGUCCUUCUGUGAACGACUGUUCGGGAGGUGAUCAGACGGAUGGGAAGAAGUGUUUCUCUGCUAGGUUGAUGUGGCGGGACGGAGGUGUUGGGGAGGUCUACGCCUACAUCCCGAUAACCGACUCCCUUUGCUCUCAGACCGGUGUCAUCUGUAACUCGGACUACGGAACCUCACUCGGUCGAGGUUCGUUCACUUUCCAACGAGGAGCUUGGAACGAUAUCGCCUUGCACGUCCGGUUGAACAACCCGGUGGACAAGGCCAAUGGUGUUGUCGAAGUAUACUACAACGGCGUCAGAGCGACAACCUUCUCCAACCUCGUCCUCCGUACCUCCGACUCAAUCUCCUCGGCAGGCGGGAUCUACUUUAGCACCUUCUUCGGCGGUGACGACGCUGCGACCUACGCCACGCCCACCGAACAGAGCCUGUACUUCAAGGACAUGCAGGUCUUUGGGGCGGCUGAGCCUGCUCAGGGGGACGGGGAGGGGUAUAAGUUGAAGAACGCUGCUGUUACGACGGGAAAAAUUGGAGGGGAUGUCAGGGUUAUGGUAGGAGCGGUAGUAGGAUUGGUCGCUAUGGUCAUGAUCAUUUAGGAAAGAUAGUCUGUCUGUUACGAUGAACGUUAUACAUACACACAUAUAGAGAUAGGUUUCGAUCGAGCGUUGUAGAUCUGCUAA